CUAAUUUGAUAGACCAAGCUUAUUUUGAAGAUCUUGUAAGAGAUUUAGGACUAACAAAAGAGAAAGCUGAAAUAUUAUGUUCCAGAUUGAAAAACAGGAAUUUGAUAAAAGCCGAUGUAAAAGUUACAUCGCCAAGAAAAAGACACGCCGAUUUGGAAAGUUAUUUUAAAAAAUCAGAAGAACUUGUAUACUGUUGCAGUAUUGAAGAGGUUCUAAGAUAUCUAAAGCUUCCACUGGACUCUUCCGCUUGGCGACUAUUUAUAGAUAGUUCGAAACACAGCUUAAAAGCAGUUUUACUGCACAAUGGAAAUCAGCAUCCAUCAAUACCGGUUGCGUAUUCCACAAAAAAGGAUGAAACAUACGCAAAUAUUUCAAAUCUCUUAAAUAAAAUUGAAUACUAUAAAUAUAAAUGGGAAGUAUGCGCAGACUUCAAAAUGAUUGCAAUAUUGACUGGAAUGCAAACAGGAUACACAAAAUAUAUGUGCUUUCUUUGUAAAUGGGAUUCACGUGCUACCAGCAGCCAUUAUCAUAUUAAAUAUUUCGAAGAACGUAAAGAAAAUAUUAUUGGUGACUUAAAUGUAAUCCAUGAAUCUCUUGUCCCAAAAGAUAAGGUCAUACUUCCACCGCUGCAUAUUAAGUUGGGCGUGGUGAAAAAUUUUAUUAAAAGCUUAAAUACACAAGGAUAUGCUUUCAAACGCAUUCAAACAAUUUUCCCCAGAUUAUCUGCAGCAAAAUUAAAAGAAGGAAUGCUCGUUGGACCCGAUAUAAGAAAAUUAUUACAAGAUGAAGAAUUUUAUGGUCAUCUGUCGGAUAUGCAAAAGACAGCAUUUGACUUUAUGCAGCUGGUUAUAUCAGAAUUCCUUGGAAACUCAAAAGCACAAAACUAUGCAGAAAAUAUUGAAAGCAUGCUAAUCGGUUUUAACAAUAUUGGCGUUAAGAUGUCACUAAAGCUGCAUUUUCUGCACUCUCAUCUCAAUUUUUUUAAAGAAAACCUUGGAGCGGUUUCAGAUGAACACGGUGAAAGGUUUCAUCAGGAUAUAAAGGUAUUGGAAGAAAGAUUCAAAGGGAAAUCCCAAAGUGUAAUGCUUGCUGAAUACGUAUGGGGCUUGUACAGAAACCUUGACACAUCGGAACAUUCACGUCAAGCUAAAUACAGGAAAGCAUAUUAAGUUUAAUCUUUAAUCCAUUGUCCUACUACUGCUGAAGCAAAAAAAAUAAAUAUGUACAUACUAUAAUAAACCACUAUUAAAAC